AUGCUUCGCUCGUCCCUCGUUCGUCUCCCGCGCUCGAUUGCGUCGUCUUCGCGUCUCCCAACUCGCGCACUGAGCUCUACGGCUGCUCGCUCGGACCUUCUCUCCAAGCUGGAGGAGCAGAUCACCCCUCGCGAGCUGGUCGAGAAGAAGCGCAAGGAGUUUGAGGCCAAGUAUGGCGACAAGCUCAAGAACAAGGCUGCUGCUGAGGGCGUGUCUGACCUUGACGAGCUGAAAGAAAAGGUCAAGGCCCCAAGUGUUAUGGCCAAGAUCAAUGCUCAGCGGUGGGCCGAGGAGGAGGCUGCCAAGGCCGAGGCUAAGCGCGAGGCUGAGGAAGCUGCUCGCAAGGCGGCCGCCAAUAUGAAGGCAGAGGACCUGUCAGCAAAGAGGGAGGCUGCUCGAGCUGCCCAAGCAGAGGGUGACCGUGCUGGUGUCAAGGCGAUUGCCAACAUCUGGACCACCUACCACACCACCCACGCGACCCUUGCCAACUCGUUCCUCUCGGCCUCGCUCCCCACUCCCACUUACGAGUCCAUGCUCCAGGUCGCCAAGGCCAACCCCUUCUUUGUCCUUCCUCUUCCCCGCGACAGCAGCGACGGUGGCGACGCCUUUGAAAUGUUCUACAUGCAGUGGCUCUUCCACCCUUCGCCUACUCCUCCUCCUGACGUCAAGAACAACGGCCCCCUUCCUCCUGUCGCCAGCGUCAUCUUCACCCCUCUCGCCGAGUUCAAGUCGGCCGGCGAGUGGGCUGAGCCGUUCCUCACCCUCACCUUCUAUUCGGACCUCGCCCGCAGCCACAACACCGUCCUCAUGCGCGGUGAGAUCAGUCCCGAGUCUGCCAAGGGUCCCAACGGCAGCCUCGACAACCCGGGCUUCCUCCUCGCCCAGCCCCAGGCUCAGCUCCUGGCCCUUGCUCUCCAGCGCUUCUACUGCGCCAACCUUGCUGUCCCCGGCGAGGACUCGAAGGCCAAGCAGGAGCGUAUCCAGCGCCACCAGGCGCUCUCCGACUUCCGCGAGAAGCCGGAGCAGUGGGACUGGCAGAACCUCAUCGGCAUGGCGUACGCCGGCAUCGCCUAA